AUGGAGUGUUGCUCAUUUGGCUCGGAGCGCAUGCUGUUCUCUGGAUAUUUACGCAUCGCGCUGCUGUGGGUCGUGCAAUUAGGAGCGUUCGCGCAACGUGCUCCGGAGUGUUACCCGGGAGGUCAUCGGACUUUGCGUAAUCCCUAUCGCAGUGUCGACUUCGACUCCACGGAGAUCCAGGACACGGCCAUCCAGGACCUGAUCUGUGACCACUCGCUGUCUCCGGGCUGGUACAGAUUCAGGAUCAACAACAAGCCGGCGGAGAUGCCGACCACCUGUGUUGAGAUGAACCGCUGUGGUACACAAGCUCCGGUGUGGCUCUCUCUGAAGGACUCCCCCCUGCCGCGGCCCGGCGAGGUCCGCCAACUCUCUGCCUGCGCCACCUGGCAGUUCUUCCACGGCAGCACCAAGGACUGCUGCCUCUUCCGCAUCCCCAUCACGGUGCGGAACUGCGGCGAGUUCCUGGUCUACCGGCUGCAGCCCACACAGGGGUGCAUGGGAUACUGCGCUAAAGUUACUCCAGAUGUGGGACCCAGACUCUGCCCGCCAGGUGAGGUAGAAGUCAACGGCCGAUGCAAAGCUGCCGUCCCGUCCUUGCCGUUCCGGCCCGUUAUCACCCCGGAGCUCAUCGGCCACAGUGUCCACCUGAGGUGCUCUUUCAUCCCGCCGCCGUGGAACCAGCCACUGGGCUUCCAGGUGGUCUGGGCCAGACACAUCGGCCAAAGCAUGAAGGCUGAGAUCAGGCAGGAAUCCACACUGAAUUCCUUCUCUGUGGUGGAGAUGGAUGGCGUCCACUUCAGGCUCGGAGAAACGUUGUCCUGCAGCGUGUCAACUUUCAGAGCCAACUCCAGCCACAGCAGGUCUCCUCCAAAAGAAAGCGAGGGUUUCUACGCUGGACUGAAGUUUUCUCCAGACUCGCUCCACAUAGCAGAGAACAGCAAAGAGCACGAGGUGACCGUGCACAGCACAGUGCCCAUCCCCUGCUACGGCGCCGACCACGGUCGCCAGUGUGGAGUCCCUCUGGCUCUGAGUGUCCACGAGCCAGACGGUCUUGAACACGAGGCACCAAAUGUGGCGCUGUCCGCCUGCCAGGUAGAGCUCCAGCCCAACGCCUGUAGAGAAGGCAGCUGUGGCCGGGCAGCAGUUUUCGUCACCGCUGUCACAGACUUUACGCGGGACGGGAAUCGUCCGAGUCUGAUCGGCGUUUUGCCCGGACCCAGCGCACCGCGACUCUGGAGAAGCUACGUCCCGACGUCUCUGAAAGUCACGGUCCAGGACGUUCCUACUUCCAUCUGCUACUCUCUGACUGACCCACAUGUCAUUACUCUGGACGGCAGGCGUUAUGAAAACCACCAGACUGGCACCUUUGUCCUCUACCGGAGCCUCGUCAGGGAGUUUGAGGUCCACUCUCGCCAGUGGGACUGUGGCAGCCGUCACUACGCCGUCGCCUGCAACUGCGGCGUUGCGGCUCGAGAGGGGAACGAUCUCGCCGUCUUUGACAUGUGCAACGGCCAGCCGCAGGAGACGAGGCCGCAGCUUACCCUGAGGACCCUCGGUGACAGGGAGGGCAGUCGAGUCAGGGUGCUGGAGUCCCACCAGGGGAAGAAGGUCACCUUGAUCUUUCCCUCCGGGGCCUUUGUUAGGGCCGAUGUUGGCGAUUGGGGGAUGAGCCUGUCCAUACAGGUGCCCAGCGUUGACUACAGCAACACGCAAGGCCUCUGCGGCACCUUCGACCACAACGGCAACAACGACUUCCACGGCUCGGACGGGGGCUCCUAUGGCCCCGAUGACCUGCAUCGCUUCAUAGAGGACUGGAGGAUUGCUCCCGGCGAGAGUUUGUUUGACAGGACACCUCCCGGGACGAUUGAAGAGGUCAGGAGGCCUUUCUGUCAGUGCCAGAAAGGAUACAGCGCAUCUCAUCAUGCCGGCAGAGCGAUGAGGAACUUGUACAAUCCAUCCGCCCACUCCAACUGCAUAGCACACGAUAAUGUGGAUUACACAUCUGUGUUUCCCUCUAUGGACACAACAGUGGAAUACAUCGAGAGUCCGGAGACGGAGGAGAGCAUCCUGGAUAUGUCCGCCUUUAACGCUCAUCCUCUGGAGAGGAGACACCUUCGGUUUCACGCCGAGCACCAUCAAAACGGUGAUCUUGAACUGGACGGUGAGUUCAGGGAGGAUCUUCUGCUUUCCACUGGCAGGCCGAGGAGACAGACGUCAUUUGGAUUCGAGCCCGUCUUCGCUGCUCAGAGCCUCAGCCAGGCGGAUCUGGAGAACUUUGCCUACUUCUUCCCUGAGGAUCACCUGGCAGAAGCCCGGCCGGAGGUGCAACCACAGUGGCCAACGCCGAGCGGCCUGACCUCGGCCAAAGCUCUCGAGGUGUGUCAGAUGGCUUUGGCCAACUCCACUGUUGGUGCAGUGUGCCGGGGGCUGCUGGGACACCGCCUGGAGGAGGCAGUGGAUCUCUGCAUUCUGGACCUGCAGCUCAAAGACGACCUGGGCUGGGAGGAGGCACUGCUGCCCUACCUGGAGAAUGAGUGUGAGAGGAGGCUGUUGGAAAACCGGACCCAGAGAGCCUUGGAGGUGGCCGGUCCUCUGGGAACGGCCAGGGAGGUGGUGACAGCUCUGCGAUGCCCCAAUUUUUGCAAUGGUAACGGAGAGUGUACAGAGUGGGGCUGCCAGUGCUUUCCCAGCCACAGCUUCUACGACUGCAGCCUCGCCAUCAGCCAGCCAGUAGAGCUAACAGAUUUGGAGAACAGUGGACUGUGUGACAUCCGAGCCGUCAACUGUCGCAGCGUCCGAGUCUUCGGCCUCGGCUUCAUCGACUCUCCCGACCUCAGCUGCUAUGCCAACAGACUGAAGUACAUGAACGGAGUUUGGGUUCAAGGGGAGAAACAGAGAACCAAAGCCACCUUCCUCAGCUCCAAAGCUCUAGACUGUGCUGUUCCAUCUCUGAGCAACACAGCCGUCAACACAGAGGACUUCAUGAUGGACGACAAACCAUACGCACGCUGGGAGAUUAAAGUCACCAAUGAUGGCUCCCAGUACAGCCAGGCCAUGGUGCUGACCAUCUACGAUGGCGUUUGCCAGGUCUGCGAGGCAUCGCGCUCAGGACUCUGUAAGUUAAAGGAGAGGACGUGUAACAUCGACGGGAUGUGUUUUGCAGAGGGAGUCUCCAGUCCCAGCAGCCCUUGCCUCCUCUGCGACCCGGACACCUCCAAAUUCAGCUGGUCUGUGAAUCAAGUCAACGAGCCGCCGGCCUUCCACCAGCCUCAAAGCGACCUGCGGACAUUCGGCGGGGAGAACUUUGUCUUCCAGUUUGCGGCAUCGGACCCCGAGGGCUCGGCCCUCCUCUUCCAGCUGGAGGAGGGGCCUAGGGGGGCCUUCCUCUCCCCUGCCGGCCUCCUUAUCUGGAGGGUCCCGUCGCUUCCUGAGGAGGAGGGACGUCAGACUUUUCACUUCACACUGUCAGACGAGUGCAACGCCCAGAGCUCCUUCACUGUAGAGAUGGACGUGGUGACGUGUGGGUGUCAGAACGGAGGGACGUGUGUGACGGACGUUCAUUUCCCUGCUGGAAGCGGGAAGCACCUGUGUGUAUGUCCCGAGGGGAAGCAGGGCGACGUCUGCGACCAGGAUGUUGAGGAAUGCCGGUCGGCUCCGUGCGCAGCCGGCAACUGCAUCACCACCGCCGGCGGGUACAGAUGCGAGUGUCCUGCAGGGUUGAAAGGUGUCACAUGCCUGGACGAUGUCAACGAGUGUGAGAGGAAGCCGUGUUUCCAAGGAGUCCCGUGCUUCAACAGCUUUGGCUCCUAUAGCUGCGGCUCGUGCACCAAAGGCAUGCUGGGAAAUGGGACAAUAUGCACAGUCGUCCCCGUCUCUACCACAUCUGCUCCUCGUACCACGGUCUACAAGACACCACAUGUUCUGCUGCAACCACCCGAAAUAAAGACAGACACUUUCCGGAAGACCUCAAGUGGCUCACCGCAGACAAGGGCUGAGGCGGGGGAGACCAUUCCAAGGACUGACCCCAACCGGUCCCGAAGUAAGACCACCGCUCUGAGACGCAUUCCAGGGAUGAGCCUGAACCCAGCGUUCACUAAGCCGGAAAGUAACAUAAGCAUCACGGCAGGUACACCAAUCGUUUCCCAAAUAAAGAAUGAUGCUUUGAGAGAAAGCCAAGGAAUUAAACUCAACCCAUCCACCACCAACGCAGACACUUUCAAGAACAUCUCAGGAGUUGGCAACACUAUUGCAAAGACAUCCACUCCCGCCCAGCCGUCAGGAAGUGGCAGACCAGCUUCAGGAUCUGGUCAGUCUCCGGCUGUGAAUGUGUCGGCUACGUGUGCCAGCAGGCCCUGCUUCCCCGGCGUUCAAUGCAUCAACCGCAGGCCGCCACAUGUCGGAUACGUCUGCGCCCGUUGCCCGCCCGGCCUUUACGGCAACGGACGCGUCUGCAUCAAGAACGCCAAGGAAGCAUCCAAUCACCUUCCUCAGCAGCAGACGCUCGGCAAGACCAUCCGAUCCCCGCAGGGAAGCAGCAGCAAAGUCUCUCAGCUCCACUUGCCCAACCUACCCAGCAGGCACGGCAUCAAACACCUGUCCUGGGCUGUCACCAGAGAGAACCGAGACAACGUGCCACGCAAGGUUCCCACUUCAGGGAGGGGGGGCGGGACCGGGAGGAGAGAGGCGAUCACUGUCUCCAGAGAUGUCCCUAGAACGUCGAUCGGUGCCCUCCACGUCACUGCAAACACCCACAACACCCGCCACAGUACCAACCUCAGGACGUACGGCAGAUCUAGGACGGCUAUCUCCAGGGCAUUUGUUCCUCAUGUGACGUCCUCCAAGCAGUCUGAAGCAGCAUUCACUGGUGCCACACCUGCGAAGGUAACGCCACCUGCUCCUCACCUAUCCACUCAGUCUGGCAAAGGGACGCAGACCAAACAGACCCCCCAGUCUAAGCUCAACCACCUGUUGUCCACCUACGCCAAACCCUGGACCCCUCCGAGACCUGCCUUCCCUCUUACAGCGGCCCUCACCGCUCUGUCGUACUCACUCCCUGAGUCAGAGUUCUCCGCUGAUGGAGAUGAGGCCGAGCCUGGAUAUGAAGAACCGGAGACGGUCCCUGCAUUGACCUUCACAACUUCGAGCAAGACGGCGUACAGCUCCCCGCUACAAAGAGCUACCUCCAUCCAGGCAGCGGUGAGGAGCGGCACGACGGCGGACAAACACGUGACGACCUGCGCCGACCGGCCGUGUUUUCCCGGUGUCCCCUGUGAACCAACCACGGACGAGGGUUUCAUCUGUGGGCGGUGUCCUGUAGGAUACACUGGAGAUGGACGAGCAUGCAGAGCUGUUUGCAGGCAUAUGUGUGGCAGGAACAUGGAGUGUGCUGCGCCCAACACGUGCCGCUGCAAACCAGGCUACACCGGAUUCGACUGUCAGACAGCAAUCUGUGAGCCGGACUGUAUGAACGGGGGCGUUUGCGUUGCUCCGGGUGUGUGUCACUGUCUCCGAGGGUUUCAUGGAGAAACCUGUCAGGAAGCUCUGUGCAGGUCCCCAUGUGAAAACGGAGGCAGCUGUGUGGGACUGCAGACUUGUUCGUGUCCUUAUGGGUUUGUCGGACCUCGAUGCGAGACCAUGGUGUGCAGCCGUCACUGUCACAACGGAGGCCAGUGUGCGUCUCCAGACGAGUGCAUGUGUCUUACAGGCUGGAGCGGACCGUCCUGUGAGACAGCUCUCUGCUCUCCCAUCUGCCUCAACGGAGGUUCGUGCACUCGGCCGAACAUCUGCGAGUGUCCUCACGGUUUCUACGGCGCACAGUGUCAGAAUGCCGUCUGCAGUCCUCCCUGUAAGAACGGCGGUCUGUGCAUAAGGAACAACGUCUGCUCCUGUCUGCAGGGAUACACCGGGAGGAGAUGCGAGAAAAGUGUGUGUGAGCCCAUGUGUAUGAACGGCGGCAGGUGUGUCGGCCCAGAUGUGUGCGAUUGUCCGUCGGGUUGGCGAGGAAACAGAUGUGAUAGACCCAGCUGCCUGCAGCAGUGUCUGAACGGAGGGGAGUGUGUGGGAGCCAACACCUGCCACUGCACGCUGGGCUGGCACGGCACGCUGUGUCAGAUCCCUCACUGUGAACACAAGUGUCUGUACGGCAGCCGAUGUGUCCGACCAAACGUCUGCGCCUGUCGGAGCGGAUCUCUUUGCUCCAGAAGGCUCCCUAUUGGCCGAGGUUGAGACCCCCUCACAACCAAACAGACACCAAAGAGUCAGAGUUAAAGCAGCACCGAUGCAUCCUCCAGAUGCAACGCAGCCAUCAGAGCAGAGCGCCGUCACAAAGGACAGGUUCUCUCCACCGUCUCUGUGCACUCAGCAAAACAACUCAAAGCAGCGGGAGUUUAGGUUUCUACAGCUUGAUAGCAUGCAAAGGAAUAUUUAACAGCAGUUAUACAACUGCACUUACUUCUGGACAAACUACUAUUUAUUUGUUCUCUGCUAAGCAUCUGCAGUAAUCUGGCUUCUUGAGUGCAUAUUUAUGCAGAAACACUACAAUACUGCCUCCGCCGUCACAGAUCUAGGCUAACGGUUUCCCCCUGCUUCCAGUCUUUGUGCUAAGCUAGGCUAAUGAGACAGUGACUUGUUGUAGAGCUACACAUUCUGCAGACAGGAAAUCAUUUCACAACAUUAUAAAGUCUGUAACACUAUACUUCUUAUUGUGUACAUGAAACAUAAAGUUAUUGAUCAGGACGUUACAAGCAGCUAUUAUUAUUGGGGAACAUUUUUAAAUGCUACGACACAAACCCAAACCUCUGUAUGAGUAUUUAUUUAUUUGGUUGUUUUAUAUUGUCGCAUAUUUCUUGGUGUAUAUAUCUUAAUCACUGUAUUAUCUGUUCUUUCUCAUUAAGGCAUUGUUUAUUGGUUGUUUUGUAA